AGGGGUUUGUUUACCCAAUAAGACUCUUCCAAAAAAAACGGAAUAUACUUACAUACAGCUCAAAAAACAGUGUAUUUUUCCAUAAUUAAUCUAAAAUCAGAACAAUAAUAUUAACUAUGCCUGCCGUAGAAAAGACUCUUGAAGACGAUGAAAACUAUAUUAUAUCAAGAGCAAAAGAAGCUCAAAAACACAACAUUUAUUCGGCUAAAGCUUGGAUGUUAACAGCUAAAACAUUGUUUCCAACAAAUUUUAAGAUUCAAUUUGAAGCUUACUUAAUGGAAAAACAAUCCGGAAAUGUACAAGAAGCAGCCGAAUGUUUUAGUUCUUUAAUGAUGUCACCACAAAGAAUGCCAGAAUUAUUAACGGAAAUAUCUGCUAUUGCUAAUGCUCUUAAAACCAAUGAACCAUGUUUUUUGAGUCAAAUGUUUGACAACAUCUCUCCAGAUAUCCAGUUAAACAUAUUAAAAACAAGUGUUGAAAAUAGUGAUGACACUAUGGAGCAUUGUCGUUUACUAGUUCUAUUAUUAAAGAAAUUUCCACAACUAGGUGUAGAUAGCCUUGUUAAGACGCUCAUAAAUGCUGAAGAAUUUUUCUAUGACAAUCGAUACGCUCGUCUUCUAGUUGUAGAGACAUUGCCCUUACUCAACUCUUUGGAGUCACCUAGACUGUUACAACGCUUAGUGAUUAAAGCCAUUGACUUUUAUAAUUCUUAUAUUUAUGAUGAAACUGAGCAUGAUAUUACAGAUCCCUGGCAAAGACUUUAUGGCAUACUUGAAUUGUUGGGAAGACAGUUAGGAUGGGAUUCUUAUUUAGUUAAUUACAGUAAUAGUCUAAAUAAAGAAUCCUAUUUUCAAAAAUUAUUAGGUUUGCGAAAUUUUGAUGAUUGUAGGCAACUUUUAUAUUGUGGGGUGGUAUUCUUCUUAAGAUCACUUUAUGAGCACAAAUCUCUUAAAGGUAACCAUAUACUUGUUGAAGCUUUGUCUGACCCUGACCUCCCACCAUCAAAGAGAAGAAAAGGUGAUAUAGAAGUUACAGGAGUUUCAGCCAACCAGUUUCAAGCAGCUGCAAAUUGUUGGGAACUUUUACAUCGAAAUGAAGUUAUAACAAGAGAAUUUAUAAAACUAACUUCACAGCUGCAAGUUAAACCUUGGUUAGAAGGUUUUUCUGAAGAAUUAGCCUUGUUCAGAGGAAGAUAUGAUGAGGCUUGUCCGCCCCCAACAACUAAUAAUAUAACUGCUCUUGUAUCAAAAGUGUCUAUAAAUUUCUUUCAGCAAAACUACAGUGCUUGUAUUGAAAACAUAUUGGCCACACUUCCUGUAUUACCUACUGUUGAAGGAGUAUUGGAGCCUGAUCUAAUUAUUGGUGGAAAACAUCGUCAUCUACAUUUCCUACCUUUAACUAAAUUUGCUAUUAUGCAUUAUUUCUGUACUCUACUUAUAAGAAUUCUCAUAAAAACUGGAAAUAAUACUGAUUUAGCUUAUGGACAUGUAUUAGUAUUAAUGCAACUAGGGUGGCCACAAGAGGAAGCCAUUUUUAUACACAUUAUGGAAGCAAUUAGAAAGAAAGGUGUUUUUCAUUACCAUCUUUUUCCAACAUAUAUAAUUCAUAUUGACUUGUUAGAGGAGUUAAGUUUUAUUUGGAAUGAACAAGGCAAAAAUGUUGCUUUAGACAUUCUACCGAACUCACAGCAACAUCUUGGACAACGAAGAAUUGGUACGCGAGGUGCAGAUAAAGGUGUCAAAGAAGAUUUUAAACAAGCAAUGAAAGCACAAGUCGCAAGAAGCAAUGAAUCUAUACUAAAUCUAAUAAUUCAAUUUAUAAAUGCAGAAAGAUCAUAUUUUUUGCAGUCUUUGUAAACCAUUAUUGAGUGAAAUUAAAAAAUAUAAUGUAUUAUGAUAUUUAACUAUGUUUAUUUAAUAAAAGCAUUUUGUAAUAAAA